AAGAGGGCGCACCAUUAUGGCCUAUCCAGUCUCAGAAGCGUCCUACCACUAAUGCUGUUACAUCCACCCAUGCAAAAAGGCAAGAGUGCUCCCAGGAGGAUGCAGAUAUGGUCACUCCACCAGGCUAUCACAUUGGUUCAGAUAAGCUCACUAGGCCAACGACCAAUGAUCUGCUUCCUCUGUGUUGGGAACCCUGGACUGCUGAUGGAGAAGCGAACCAGGAAAUACAGUACGCCGGGGUCCCUAAGCAGACAUGUUCGGCAAACACAUGUGAGGCCUUGUUGGCCAGAAGGCAGGACAAUCAAAUGCAAUAUCUGCCGUGUGGAACUAGAGAAUAAAAGGCAUCUGAUGCAUCAUGCGGAAUCUGUGCACGGAACAGUCUCGCGAGUACCUCCCUAA